AUGUGGCUGGACAGUCCAAGUCCCUCGCGGUACGUAGCAUUUGUCGCUGCAUGUGCGCUGGGACUCACGUACUACUCGAGAUGGUUCGUCUCUGAACCCGAUCUGUACGGUCUCCCGGCAAAUGUCGAGAUCGGGGCGUAUGAUGGGGAUGACGGAUUAUACCUCGCCACGCCCGUUGGCGCCGACGUAACAAAGCCUGGCCCUGUGAUCUACGAUCGCAACGGCUCACUCGUGUGGAUCGGCGCGAAUACUGCCAACUUCAAUUCGAGCGCCGUUCUAGAUCUGCAGUUCCAGGAGCUCGAUGGACAGCCUGUGCUGACUGUGUUCAGUGGGCAGGUCGUCGAUUCGCAUGGUGUAGGAACAUGCUGGUUCCUUGACGAUACGUAUAAUGUCAUCGCGAAUAUCACAUCCGUUGGCUCUACAGGCGCUGAUCUGCAUGAAUGUCACAUGGACAAAGCCUCGAACAAGACUGCUAUGCUUACGGUGUACAACAACGUUACGUUUGAUCUGACAUCUGUGGGUGGAGCUGCGGACGGCACGCUCAUCGAUUGUUGGGUUCAAGAAGUGGACGUGUCCACCGGCGCUCUCUUAUUCAACUGGAGUUUGUAUGACCACAUCUCGCCCUACGAGUCUUAUGCGCUUCCUGGAGAGCUUGUUGACGAAGCUCAUUGGGACGCGUAUCACCUGAACUCGAUUGACAAGGAUUCGGACGGCAACUACCUUUUAUCGGUCAGACAUCUGAACACCCUCGUGAAGGUGAACAAGGAUGAUGGGUCGGUCAUUUGGAAAAUGGGCGGGAAGGGAAGUAACUUCACGUCGGGUGAAGGUGCCGACUUCCGGUUUCAGCACCACGCCAGCUUCGAUCCGGAUGACAACUCACGCAUCUCUCUCUUCAACGACGCCGCGUCGGAGUUCAACUUUACGGCGGGCGACAACGCACGAGGACUCUACUUCUCGUAUAACACGGCAGCCUGGACGACAACCCUCAUUCAGAGGUUUGACUCUUCACCAUAUCAAAACUACAGCGCCCGCGAAGGGUCGAUGCAGCGCUUCGCCGACGGUACGGCAGUAAUUGGUUGGGGGUCUAACCCUUGGAUCACGGAACACGCAUCCGACGGCACCGUUACCUUUUUGCUGACGCUGGGAGUCAACACAUCCAACGGACCUGUGGAGAACUACCGCGCAUACAAAGUACCCGCGAUUGGCUGGGCCGGCAAUCCCACGACGCCGCCGAAGCUCGUGCUUCGCGACGACACGGCAUACUUCUCGUGGAACGGGAAGACUGCUGUUCGCUCGUGGGAUGUACGCGGCGAUGAUGAUGAAUUGCUUUUCGCGGUUGACCGCGCUGGCUUUGAGACCAACGUCAGCUUGGAUGGGAUAUCUAGUCAGAAGGUUGUCGUUCUUGCGAAAGAUAAGGCCGGGGUAGAGCUUGGACGUAGUGCGACGCUCUACAUCGCGAACAAGACUGUUGCAACGGAGGGGCUAAUCUUCUCAUUGUGA